ACCGCAGUCUUGCAAUUUCUCAGCAGUGAAUUUGAUCUAUCCAGGUGCUUGCUUUUCUGAGGGCCAGCUUCGUGCAGCUCGAAACAAUGGCGGUAAUGUCUUCUCUCGCGUCCACCCUAUGGGCCCAAGCUCUUGCCACGCUUGGCCUCCUGCUUUUGACAAAGCUUGUCUGGGAUGUUUUCUUCUCGCCAUUGAGGGCCAUUCCGGGCCCAAUUUUGGCCAAGAUCACCGAUGCCUGGCGAGCUAUUCACACGCAUCGCGGCCGUGCCGACUUGAAACAUCUCGAACUCCACCGCAAAUAUGGAACAGCAGUGGCAAUUGGUCCUAACUGCGUGAGCAUUUCUGAUCCGAGCCUCAUUCGGACGAUCUACUCCACACGUAACCCAUGGAAGAAGAGUGACAUGUACCGACCUAAUGAUGUACUCAUUGAAGGUCAUCGUCUCAAUAACCUGUUUAACUCCCAAGAUGAGGAGUGGCAUAAUCAGAACAUUCGACCAAUUCGCGGUCUGUGGAGUAUGACCAAGGUUCUUGAGUACGAACCUCUGAUUGAUGAGACCAUCAACAAGUUUGUUGAUAAGCUUGCUCAGAAGUUUGUGGAUGGCAAGAAUGCCGGUACUGUUUGCCCGGCUGAUGAAUGGAUCGGAUACUUUGCCUGGGAUGUCACGGCGAACUUUAGUUUCGGCCGCCACUAUGGCUUCAUUGACCAAGAAAAGGAUGUGGACAAUUUGAUCACCGACUCCACUGAUGGUUUGAUCUACUUUGCUCCGGUCUCCCAAAUCCCUUGGAUUGACAACUUGCUUGAUAAGAACCCCAUCAAGCGAAUUGGACCCAAGCCCACCCUCACUGGCGUUCUCUAUGCCUUCAAGGUUGUUGCAGAGUAUCAAGCUCAGCUCGCUGACAAAAAGGUCACUGCCGGAUCAGUUGAUCACACGUUGGACAAAUACGUGCAACUCAAGGAGACGUACCCGGACAUGGUCAACGACCCGCAAAUCGUGAACUGGCUGAUGUUGAGCAUCCUUGCCGGUGGCGAUACCAGCUCCGCAACAAUGCGUGCUGUUCUCUACUACCUGGCCAAGUCCCCCUCGGCAUCAGCCAAGCUCGCCGCGGAGCUGCAAGCUGCCUCUCUCCCCACGCCUGCCCCUUGGAAAUCCAUCCGAGACCUGCCAUAUCUGGAUGCAGUUAUCCGCGAAUCUUUGCGCGUCAACCCCGGCAUCGCAAUGGUCUUUGAGCGUGUAGUUCCCGAGGGUGGAUUCACCUUGCCAGACGGACGCUAUAUCCCUGCCGGCACUAAAAUUGGAUGCAACCCCUUCGUGACCAACCGGGACUCUGGUGUCUUUGGGGAUGAUGCCGAUGAUUUCAAUCCGGACCGCUGGCUGCAGGGUGAGAACGAAAGUGAUGAGCAAUUUGAGGCUCGUUCUCGGCGCAUGAAGGAUACCGUUGACUUUGUCUUCGGUGGUGGUGGUCGUAUCUGUUUGGGUCGGUACCUGGCGAUGCUGGAGAUCAAGAAGUUGAUUGCGACGCUUUACAAUAUGUUCGAUAUUCAACUGGUUGAUCCCAAGCACGAGUGGAAGUAUCGCGAUGCUUGGUUCGUCUACCAGUACGAUAUGCCGAUGAUCAUCAAGCGUCGUGUGUAGACAUGACUAUUCUACGCGUAGUUAAUCACGAGGAGGAAGACAUCGAAGAGGGGUAAUAAUUAUUUUUGACACCUAUGAAUACACACGACCAAUUUGCAGAAGAAUGUAUGCAGCUGAAGUAGAAAGAGAAGCAUACCGCAGAGGGUAUCAAAGUUCCUGUCCUGAAAAAAAGAGAGAAAGAGAAAAGUAACGCCCUAACUUUGAACACCACAAGCCAUUCCAAUCCACCCCUUCCCCCAAUUCCAUGCGUCAAUCAUUAGAGAAAAAAAAAGCAUAUGCGUCCGCAGUAUGUUUACCCUUGCAGGGUACUUGCGUCAAGUCAUUCGAAUCCUUUGUCAUCGUUCGUUUUGGAAAAGACCUACAAACAGAACCUUUGCCACCAAGUAUCAAGUUUCGUGUGGCUCUUCAUUGAAAGAAACCUCUGGUUUCGAUGCGCAGCGCUCGUCAGUCCCUUCACUAGGCUUCCCCUCAUUGCCUUCGUCAGUGAUCUCACCCCAUCCGGAGCUCCUGCGACUGACUCUGCCAGAGGCCAUGACAAGAGGGCUGACCACACCUCCAGUGACGCUAGCAGCUGUACUAUCAUUUCGAGUAUGAGAUGGUGCACCGCUACGAAUGCUUGCUCCGUCACCUCCAGCCAGGCUUUGCUUUGGGGUGUGGAAACUGCCGCGGUCGCCGCCAUUGGCCAAAGGUGCUGGACCAGAUGAGGAAUAGACACUGAUGCGUUCAGCGCUUGCGAGUCCAACAAUGCUCGGUCGGGCCAGCACCCCCUGGGCGUUGAAGGCUGAAGUGCUCGACGGCUCAACCACACUACCACUAAGCAGGCUCAGUGGCAAGCUCUCUCGGCUCCCGCCAAAGACCGAUGAGGGUGCCAAUGCACGAACGGAGGCAUUGGUGUCAAGGGAAUUCCGUCGUCGGCGCUUGGACGAGCUUGCGAGCGUCAGGAUAGAGGCGUUGUCGUUCAAGGCGUUGUUUGCCGUCGCGCUGCUGUAGGUCAUCGACUGGCUAUGGGGUAUAAGGUGCGGGGGCACGGCUGUAGCAGGCGAGGAGGACGUAGGAAAUUGAUGCGAGAACUGGACUUGCUGAUUUCCAGAACUCUGCGUGGAGCUGCCGUGUGCAUGGCCAGGUUGUGUAUUGGCCGCGGGGUACAAUUGGGUAGAUGGGGCCGCCGACUGCACAGUUGUCAAGGUGGUGGUCAACGAGCGAACCGAAGGCGCAGGUGACGAGAAGGUGCUCCCUUCGCCUCCACCAUGUGAGCUUAAUCCCCCACCCCCUGUCGCCAUUGUCCCUGCCUUGGAGUAUCCUGCAUCCGAGAUCGCAGUGUCGCCGUUGGUCGAUACGGUAGGGGCCGUGGACUUGGUGCUCGUCGCGGGGACCUGGUUUUCGUAGCCUGAAUAGACCAGGGAGGGGUCACUGCGUGAUCCAGAUCCGUGUCUAUCAUGCUCGUCGACUUCGGAGUACGAGUCGCCGUGGUUUGGGCGGUUAAGUGUGCCCGAUAAUGGGUACGGGUUGUUCCCUUGGCCGCCAUUCUUCUUGCCCUUGGAGUUUGUGUGUCGCUUGUUGGACCAGCGAUGAGAGCCAGAUUCGGAGGAGCUCUUAAGACUUGCGAGGCGCUUCAUCCAGCUCGAAAAAGGGCGGCGCCGACCGUUGCGAUCUAUUUGGAUGUUCC